UUUAGGCAAAAAAUAACUUUUGUUGUGCUUCAGCAGACUUCUGAGAAAAAGUCAAAUCCUAUCUCAUUUGCAGACAAAUUCUGUAAAGUGUGACAAAAGAUUAAAAAAUCAUCAAAAUGUCUUCGCAAGAAAACGGGAUUUUCUUUGAUGAGAUGUCUAAAGUAAGGGUUUUAGAACCUGAAGUUAGUCAACAAACUCAAGAAUUAAAAACUGAGUGUAAAGACUUUGUUGAAAAGAUAUCUGACUUUCAAAAGAUUGUUGGUAGUUUUAUAGAUAUGGUGGAUACACUAGCGAAAGAAGUGGAAAAAGAGAAAAUGAAAGCAAUCGGCUCAAGAAAUUUGUUAAAAUCUAUGGCGAAACAACGUGAAUCACAACAGCAACAACUGAGAGCAUUAAUCGCUGAGAAACAGACACAACUAGAACGUUACAGACUUCAGUAUGACGUUCUACUAAAACAAGAAGCAGAACAAAAUGAUUUUGUUGAGCAGUUUAUGAUGCAAAAAUAACACAGCAAAAUAUAACAAAGAUACCCAGUAAAAAAAAAUUGGAUGUGUGCAGGAAUGCUCUCAUAAAUUCACUGUGUUACUUUGCAUAGCUUUUAUUUGAAAUUGUUUUAACUUUGUACAUAAUAUAUAAAUUAUUGUAUUUGUUUACACUUGUAAAAUUUGUUUUUUUACUAAAUCUCUUGUUUCUCAGUAAUAUUAUUCUCAGAAGACUAUAUCAGUUAGAAGACUAUAUCAGUCUAAAGAGUAUCAAUAUAACAGGUAAUCAGUUGUUUUGGUAGGGUUGAAAUACAAAAGAAAUUGUGGUCUCUUUUUGCAAAAUACAAUAUAUAAAUGUUUUUUGAUUUUAAUAAAAAAUUAAUUUUGCAUUUCUGCUGACUAUUUAUAGUUGACUAAAAU